GAAGCAGUCAUUGUGGAAAUCGAAAUAACGAAAAGACAGACAGUACUUCUCCAUCAAUCAGAAGAAGCGGUUAGAGUAUCGUCGUAUCCUCCUCCGUUACUGUUGCCGUUUCCGUUUCCGUUCGACAAUGGGAUGCAUGGCUCCCACUCCUUCUAUCUCCUCCCUUAUCUCACCAUCCCAAGCCCACCGUUACCGUUUCCGUUUCCCCUCUACUAACAACCUUUACCCUACUACUAAUCUUAAUCUUCUCCCCACGCGCACCCUAUUCAAUUAUUCACCACGCGCUCAUCGCAACGUCCAACAACACUCCACUAUCCCUCCUCCUCCUCCUCCUCCGCCUCUGCCAGAAAAGAAAUCAUUCGCCGUCGCCACCGGCGAACUCUUCUUAGGACUAGCGGCGCGUCUCAUUAAAAGCCGCGGUCCCGACUCCGAUUCGGAUCCCGUUGCCAUGUUUGAGAAAUCGAAUUCAAAUUUAAUGUACAACGAUAAAGAGAAGGAGAGAAUUGGGGCUGUGAUGGAGGAUGAGAUUCAACCCGAUGUUAUUUGGGAGCAGAGAGUGAAAGACAUUGAGGCUGAGCGCAAUAGGCGAGUUGUAACCACACCUGGAUUUAGCUUCUCUGCCGCUGGUCUUCUCUUCCCUUAUCAUCUCGGUGUUGCUCAUUUUCUCAUUCAGAAUGGUUACAUUAAGGAAACCACACCGUUAGCUGGUUCUUCUGCUGGAGCUAUAGUCUGUGCUGUGAUUGCUUCGGGAGCUAGCAUGGAAGAAGCAAUGAAGGCUACUAAAAUAUUGGCUGAAGAUUGUCGGAAUCGAGGGACUGCGUUUCGUCUGGGGGCUGUUCUGCGUGAUGUUCUUCAGACGUUUUUGCCAGAUGAUGCUCAUAUAAGAUCCAAUGGGAGAGUUCGAGUUGCCGUGACACAGCUUCUUUGGAGACCCAGGGGUUUGUUGGUGGAUCAGUUUGAUUCCAAGGAAGAUCUCAUCAAUGCAGUUUUUACUUCUUCCUUUAUUCCAGGAUAUCUUGCACCAAAGCCAGCAACAAUGUUUCGAAAUCGACUAUGCAUUGAUGGGGGUUUGACGUUGUUUAUGCCACCAACAUCUGCAGCACAAACGGUCCGUGUUUGUGCUUUUCCCGCAAGUCGUUUGGGAUUGCAAGGGAUAGGGAUUAGUCCAGAUUGCAAUCCCGAUAAUGCAUCUAGCCCCCGCCAGCUUUUCAAUUGGGCACUUGAGCCAGCAGAAGAUGUAAUUCUUGACCGACUCUUUGAGCUUGGAUAUCUUGAUGCUGCUGUCUGGGCAAAGGAAAACCCAGUUGAAAAAUUAGUUCAGGACGAUAGUCCUGCUCCUGCGUUUGGAAAAGGCAUUGCGGAGUAGCUCAUUAUGUAGAUCAAAGAUGCAUGAGAAAACAACAAAUUGAACUCAAUUAUGCUACCCUUGAAAUGGGCAUCACAUUAGCAAAAUAAUCAUUGGGAGAGAGCCACACAACUCAUAACUUCUAAGGGUAUAUAGAUUCGUUUCUUACAUAUAUUUAUUGUAUAUAUUGUUGUGGACGAGAAGAGGGGAAGAAAAAGAAAGUAGAGACUUGUUAUUUAAAAGUUACAAAAUAGGGGGGUCACUUAGUUUGAAAUCUCUGAUUUAUUGUGGAAUUACAAAUUAAUAGAAUUUACAGCACCAGUUUCCCUGUGAAUGACAAAGUUAUGGUCAUAAGCUAAUAUAUUUUAAUUGAUUCUUAAUUUUGCAUUUGGAGAAAAUUGUAAAUUAAGGGGACAUUUGGACUUGUUUAUUUGGAUUUAUAAGUA